CCUCCAGCCCCUCCCGCGGCCCCUCCUCUCCGCGCUCCGCUCCCUCUGCCCGGAGCGGCCCGGGAAGCGCGGACUUGGCCGUUCUCCCCUCCACUGCAAAGCCGCGAACGGAUAGCCGAUGCCGCUUCCUUCCCCGCCCGACCCCGUUUCCCCUCCUCUAGCCGGGAGGGAGUGCGGCCCGCGGGGCGCUCUGCGGGCGGGACCCACCCGGGACCCCGGGGCUGCCCGCAGAGCUGGGAGCUGGCCCGGCCUUGGCGCAGCCUCGGACCCCUGGUCGGCCGCGCCCCGAGGGGCGAGGCCUGCGGGCCGCACUUCCUCCCGCCCGGAUUCGGGGCUGGAAGUCCCUCCCCGAACCCAGCAGCGGGCCUGGGAGGGAGAAGGGGCUGGAGUGGGCCUCGCCACUCUGAGGGAUGGAGGGGACUGAGGUGUCGGCGGCCAAACCCGCGGGCGGCAGCCCCCAAGGGCCCAAGACAGGGAGUGGAGCAGCCAGGCCCAUGGAGAGGACCUCAGCUGUGGAGUGGAGUGGUCCUGAGCCACAACGGGAUAAUGGACACCCUCCAAGACCCCGGCCUUGUCCUCAGGAAAACAGAACAUCCAGCCUGAUGGCCCCCCAGCCUCCCAGGGUAUGGGGGACACAGCUCCAAGGCCCCUCUGUGCUGGAAUCCAAGGUGAGGGCUUUGAAGGAGAAGAUGACAGGGGGCAAACAGGGAGUCAGCCCCUGCCCCACUUCCCAUGAGUGGUCAUCCCCGAAGAAACCCAAAUGCAGACGAGGCAAGGCGGGAGGAGCCAGGACUCCAUCAGAGGGGUCUUUCCUGCCAGGUGCUGUGGUGGCUCCUCAUACCCAGAACCUGCCCGAUGGGCAGCUGGACAGCGGUGUCAGUGAGGAGGAACCCGCCAGGGAUGGGGGCCCCAGGCCUCCCAGGCCACCUGGCCCUGGGCGUGAGUACUGCAACAGGAGAAGCCCAUGGCCUCCAGAGGCCGACUGGACACUGCCCGACCAUGAGAGAGGUCCGCCGCCGGGGCCCAGCUCUUUGCAACAGAGCCCCAUCCAUGGAGUUACUCCUGGACAACCUGGAGGUCCUGGUCUUUGUAACAAAAUCAUCCACAUUCCCAGCCCAAGGACAGGAAGGUCCUACCCUUUUCCAGAUGACGUGGUCACAGAGGGAGAUCUGGACAGCACAUCCCUGACCUCCGAGGAGGACUUUGCCCCCAGGACAGCCCUAGUUGGGGAGCUCUGGAGAGCUGGAGACCUGCAGGCUCUGGGCACUGGGAGCAGCGCCUUGUCCCUGUCUGACCGGGUGGAGAGGAACCGCCUGUUGCUGCAGGAGAUGCUCAGCGUUUCUGGGCAGAGCCCCCACAAGGUGGGAACCCCCGCCUGGACUCCGCCCUGGGACACAGCUGCACCAGAGCGACCCAUGGGGAAUGUGGACUGGGACUCGGCCAUCUCCCUGCAGGACUCUGGCCAGAACAGGUCCUUUGGUCCCAAGCCGGAGCCUGUGCUGAGUCCCAGGCAUGAGGAAGCCAAGCAUCUGCUGCAGAGUGCCCGCAUGAAGGCCAGGACCCGGCCCCUCCGUGCCAGCCAUGACAUCGUGCCCACCAUUGCCCAGGGCAGCCGAGGUGGCCACAGAAGCCCAGCCCGGGACCCCAGGACGACCCUUGCCUGCAGAGACAGCCUCCAGAACGGACACACAAGCGACUCCUCUAGCGGAGAGUCCAGCGGCGGGCCAGGGCCGGGGCCGGGGCCGAGGCUGAGGCGGGGACCCUCGCCGUCGCAUGUGCGCUUUGAGGAUGAGUCCGCCCGCGAAGCCGAGUGUCGCUACCUGGAGCGGCUGCAGCAGCGCCAGCGCCAGGUGCUGAGCAUUGUGCUGCAGGCAGCAGACCAGGGCCCCCUGCGCUCCAAGCCCGACCUCGCCGACUAUAUCACCGGGUCCCCCCGGCUCCGGGACUCGGGGCAGGGGGCAUUCCACCGGCUUGUGGGCAGCCUGGACCACGGGGGCCCUCUGGCAGCGCCCGCACUGGGCAGUGAGAGGAGGUGCCAGGCCUGCGGCAGCUGCAUCAGCAACCAGUGGCCCACCCAGGGGAAGGCGCCCCUCGACCCCAGGGCCCUCCAGGAGCCCCAGGCUGCCCGUGGGAUGGAGGUGUUGCUGGGUGGCCUGAGCUCCCCACUCCAGCUCCUUCCUGCAGAGCCCAGGCUCCACACAGAAUGGAUCCGGGAAACGCACAUCGGAGACACCGUGUGCCCUGCAGAGGUGCACUCUGCCCUGGACAGCACGGACACCUCAGACAGCUGCAGGACCGAAAGUGAAGAGGUGGGGACCUCUCAGGCCGGCGAGGCGUGUGGACAGACCCGAGGUGGCAGCCCGAGACUGCGACUGAGGGGCUCCAGGCCUCGAGGCCACAGGUGGCCCAAGAAGGCUGACACGGAGCUGCCUUGGGGCCUCCAGGUGCGGCAACACCUGCCUGGGGCUGAUGAUGUGGAGCUGGGAAAUGAGGUGAAGGAGGAUAGAGGACACACGGCUGGAGGGACUCUAUUUUUGAGAGAAGAUGCUGUCCCUAAGCCUCCUGGCCUGGAGUUGAAGCGGGUGUCCCUGGGACCCCAGUGGCAGCCUGGACCAGGGCUGGGAAGUCACCAGUCUCACUCUUUGGAUUCUCGGACUCCAUGCAGGACAACCUAUGCCACCACCUCCCCCAUGACGCCUGAAUCAUCAGGGCCAGGCGGCCAGGCCCAGGUUAUAGGAAGCCACGAGUCCCUGGAGAUUGUCUCUCCUUCCUCCCUGCAACAGAGCCCUGCAGAGCCUUCUGCCCCGCACCAAGCCCAGCAGCCAACAGCUUCCUUUUGCCCUGAAGGCUGGGUGCCAACCCCUCCCCCUUCAAGGAGAACCACCUCGCCCACAUCUCACAGGAAGGCAGCCCUGGCUGGACUGCGCAGGCCCAGUGACCAGGGAGAGCCUGUGGGGAUCCCCCGGCCUCCUUCAAGAAGUGCGGUUCUCAGGACCUGUGAGCUGUCCCCAUCACAGACCCAGCCCAGCCGCCCUCAGGUCAGGCACCCACUGCUGGCCCUGUCCACCAACAACUGCAACAACAGCGCACCUCGGGGGCUGCAGGAGCCCUAUGGGGGAGCCGUCCACGAGGGUAGGGUGGAGAGGGGCCCCCACAGCCGGGAGCCGGAGCCGCCCCUGGAGAACAGCAGAGAUGGAGGAUCCCAGGGCUUUCCCGGCUCAGCAGAUGUUGACACCAUCAACUCCGCAGGCAUCACCCUCUCCCUGUUCUCACAGGACCCAGAGUUCAGCCAGGAAUCAGAGGGAAGCCUGCAGAGGACAGAGUCGGGAUCUGGAGGACAUGUACUGUCGAAAGCAUCAGCAGGAGCUGGCACAGGACCCAGCUCCCCCUCGGCUGCCCCUUCGGACCAGAACAAGAAAAGGAGCAGCAGCAUCGCCUCCAGCUUGGGGCUGAAGAAACUCUUCUCAGCCCUGAGCCAGAGUUCCCGGCCCAAGCUGGGCAAGUCCCGCAGCUACAGUGUGGAGCAGCUGCAGCCUGCAGCACCCCGCCUGGUGUCACACUCCAGAGCCCCAUCGUUACAAUCCCUGCACCAGGUGUCACCCUGUCACCAGCGUCAGAAAGCUGCCUCUUUCCAGAACCUCCAUUCUCUGCUGAGCGGCAAGGGGGACCGGUCCAGCCUCUACCUGGUAGCGGGGCCAGGGGACCACAGUGCAGCUGGCAGGCCAGCCAGGGCUUCACCACGGCGUGCCCUCAGUGUGGAGGAUGUGGGUGCUCCCAGCCUGGCUCGCACAGUGGGCCGCCUGGUGGAGGUGUUCCCAGACGGCACCAGCCAGCUACAGCUGCAGCGCUCCCCGGAGGGCACUUUUGGCUUCUGCGUGGCCUCUGGGAAUGGGCGCCCCGACUCAGGUAUGCCCUCUCCCCUUCCUCAGCCCCAUGGCGCGGGGGGCGGCUUAGCAAACUGCAGCAGGGCCUUCUGGCUGUGGUCAGAGGCUUUUCUGGUCAUUGGCUGAGCCAGGGAGCUCUGGGAAUUCAGAAAGCCUCUGACCACAGGACUAGGCUUCUCCCCGCAGCGGCUCUCUCUGAAUUGUCUGGGGCUGCCCAGGAGUCUGCUCCUGCAGAGCCUUUGCCCCGGGUGCCUGCAGCUGAGGAAAAGCUGCAGCUGGUGGGGAGUGUGCAGGACAACGGAGCGCUGGCAGGUUUGACUCCACUGUCCCCUUGCUGUCUGAUGACAUCUUGAAAUUAGGGUCUUUGGCCACGAGAGGUGGCUCACACCUGUAAUCCGCACUUUUGGAGGCCGAGGCAGGCAGAUCACCUGG